AUGACGGAGGCAGUAUGACCUCUGAAACGUCGGUAAACAUUGACCAGACUACACAGCGCAACAACCCAGAAGACAGAAAUCUUCAACAAAACGUUUCACUGUCACAAGUCCAACACUAAAUCCUCCAAUAGCAAGACUUCAUAGCUGAAUCAUCUUUAGAUAGCAAAGUCAGACAGUGAUCAGUUAUGCUUUUCUCAUAAGUCAGGCAGUACGAUGGUGCAAUGACAGGUAACAAGUGUAAAAAGCUACACUCCGAAUUUGAGUACACAUAUUUCCCUAAUGUUUUCUUUGCGGUCUCUAUUCCGCAUUACUUUUAAUAUGUAUGCAGGCCUAUAUAUGUAUUAUUUAUUUCAUAUGCACCUGCAGUUGCAUAGAUAAACUGCAGCGAAUAUAUCCUAUUGGUCAAAAACCUAGAGAUAUUAACUUUAUCUAUGAAUUUUGAUAAGUUUAAACUAAACCUAAGAAUGUUUGAAGUAAAAACUACGAGGUUUAUAUUUUACAUAAUGCACUGACUGCUUGUAUGAUUAGCUACGUCUAAGAGUAAUUAUUAUUGAUUUCACGCAUCAGUUACUAUUCUCGAUGUUCACUUACUGCAAAAACAAUCAUUCGAUGCGGAACGUAAAAUGAUAUUUUAAAUAUUUUAUAUUUUAUUAUCUUAUUAAAAUUGUGAUUUGACGGAAAACAUUAAAAUAUUAACAAAAACAAUUGUUGACUAAACAAAUCAGUAGCAUAUUACCCUCCCAUCAACACCUAGGUCUCUUUUCCGGGUUCCGAUUUAAAUUUUGUACUCAUUUCUAAACUUCUACACGCAGUAAGUGAACACGAACUCAAAUGAGGUACACGAAAUGGCGGAGAACGCAUUUGAAAAAUACGUGUCUUACAACGGAUGAACAGAAAAUUGUCAUUCCUAGGAAAUGGACAUAGUCCGUCUCAGAAAUGACUUUUGCAGGCCGUCGAUAAACGUGACAGCGAACGCACAGGUGACCGAUGGGUGGCGACUUGGCUCGCUCACUCUCCACUCAUUGCCAGAUUUCUGGGAAAUAAUUCAAAAUUCGAGACAAGCUUCACGACAGAUAGUUGCGUCAUCAUUUAGCGACAAAACUUUCACUGGCAUCAACCUCGCUUCAUAAUACAAAUUAAAGAAAUGCCUAAACGUUUGUAUAUUGCCGAUUCUCAACUUCUAGUCUAUCAAGCAGUUAUUUAGAACUUCGACAGACAAUUUUUCUUCCUGUGUUUACAAAAUAAACUGGUGUUAAUGUAAAAAUAUAGAUUUGUAUUCGGUUCGCAUGACAAUUUUUUUUAUUUUGUUUAGUUUAUACAGGUUAAUGAAAGAGCAGCCUCGAAACGCCACACGAUGGCACUUUUAGAAACAUCUAGACCACUAAGUGGUCUUACCAUUCAGCACUACAUAACUUUCCCCAAGUAUCUUCAUACCAAGGCAAGAGAAAUUGUUUCAUCAUCUACUUUUCUGCUAAUUCGAAAAAAAUAUGUUUAAAAAUCCACUUCUGUGUACAAAAGGAACUUCUACAAGCUAGUCUUCAGGAAGGCAAAUUAGGAAGUUUAUGCUGUGGAGGAAAUAUAUCAGGAAAACGGAAACAUAUGCAUACAUAAUUUGGCUAGGAAAAUCUCUUGGAAAGUAACUUCUUAGACACAAAAGAGAUGUGAGAAUGACAUUAAAAUAUAUUUUAGGCUUUACAUUUUUUAAAUGGACUGCAGUGGCUAAGCACAGUAUCCAGUGAUAGAUUUCGUUAUUAAAAGUGUUUCUGUUACUUCAUUAAGAACAUGCAAUUGUGGCAAGUCAUAAUAAAAGACGCUUGAAAAACAUUUCAUAGGAAAUAUAGACGAAUUUUAUAGUAAUAAACGCUUUAACUCAUUAUAAGGACCCUUAUAAAUUGUCAAGCUAUAAUAGAUUACUAGGGAAACAGGAGAUAUGUUGAAAUUUUAUAUUCAAAAUAUUCUAACAACUGGCAAAUGAAUUGUAUGAGUUCAUUUCAUAAUGAGACAGCUCGAUUCCUAGCAGGUCUUUUCUAUACCAAGUCCAAACCAUCUGUGGGACCCUCCCGGACACUUGUCAAAUGCAAAACGUGGCCGUAGUGUGAAGCUAACGAAUCGCCUCAUGCUAUAUAAAAUCUAAAGUUGAAACAUCGUCUUCAAAAACCCCAUAGACCAGUCACAACCUCUGAAGUUGAAAGACAGUAAUUCAAUUAAGCAAGAACGAACUAUAACUUUUACAGUGAGAAAAGCGUCCCAAAAAUAAAGAAGCCGACGUCCUAACUGGCGGUUUGUUCUCAGGGCGGAGCACAGAGCGGCCCCACUCGACGGGGAAGUACUCAACAUGCGGUACUACGGUGGAGCCGAGGGUAACGUUCUGGUGUACCAUCCCACACUGGGCAUCAGGCCUGUUCUGAAGCAACGACCAUACAGCAACCCCGGUGAGGAGGAUGAACAAGGGGGUGGCAGUGGGACCGUGGAAGACGACGGUAUCACCAUUCAGCUGCCUCCGCCAGAUGCAUCAGUUGCAGAAGUCCGUCCAGUGGGUUUGUCCAUCGCAGGAAUAGGAGGAGUGGCAGCGUCUAAACCAACCGGAACUGCCGUGGUAGGACCAGGUGGACUGGCCAUCUCUCGCCCAAUAGCUAUAGCCAUCGCCGGGGUGCCUCCAGACACUGUGUUGGGCCCCGGGCCGCAGGUAUCAGGCCAACAGACCGCAGGCGCUGCACACAUGAGGGUGGCUGAAGAAACAUACGUAGCUGUCGGUCAGCAAAGGUAGUCGGCCACCAAGUAUGGUGUUGUUCCUACAGCGAGGAACUUACCACGUCACGUCAGGUUCCAGCCCCAGACGGCUCUGAACUCCAUACAGUACAGUCACCAGCCCGUGCUGAUGUAUUCCAUCGCUUAUUACUAGGAAAGCAUUUCGAGUUUCCCGACAAAAAGGACUAACGAUUUCAGAUCUCUGAAGUUUAAAUUAAGGCGUCAUAAUGACAGACGUUACACGCACAACUGUUAUAAAACUCACAUGCAAUGCUUCACUAACCUCGCAUGUUAAUUUUUUCAUAUAAAUUCCAUUACCUGUCUUGAUGUAAACCAACAAAUAUUGGAUUUGGAAUAAGUUUUGUCAUUUUUGUUUUUUGUUCAGGGACGAAAUAUUUGUUCACUGAACAUUCUCCAUAUGAACUUCUGUUCAGUGUUAAUCUUUCUUUCACCUUAAUAAAUGGUUUCCUCAAUUAUUUUUAAACAGUUUAUUGCAAAAAUGGAUUCACAAAAGACAGUCCUCGGAAACAAGAAACAGACUGAAAAAUGGGCCCUUAUACGCACUUCCCCAGCUUGUAAUUGCGACGUACUGAGGGCGACAGACAUGAUAAUUUCCGCAAAUCAAAACGUGUAGCAAUUUUCAACAUUGCACAAUGCAAAUUAUCUUAUUUAUUUCAAAAUAUCUACCUAACCUUGAACCAACAAGAAAACCUAGAUUUACACAGAAAAUGUUUUUGAAACGAUUUCAUAUCGUCCUGUACUCUAUGACAAAACUUUAAAUUAUGUCACAGUAUUUGCUCUCCACUGUAGUCGGAGUUUCAAGCAAAAUCGAAUAACAGAGAGAAAAUAAUAAACACUUAGUUAUUAAUACAGUGCCUCGAUUUAUAUUUUGUGGUAAGUUUAAUGAAAUGUACACAAUGUAUUAUGGAUCAUGAUGUUCAGUAAAAAUUACAGAUUAUAAGCUACCUCCAAUAUUAAGAGUCUGAUA